AUGUCAAUUUCUCGUACUCCGUUUCUGAUUGGCGUUGCAGGAGGUACAGCGAGUGGGAAAGUAGGUUUUUUAUUGCUUGUUUGAAUUUUAGGUAGCACUGGAUAAAGAAGGAAAAUUAUGUAUAUAAUUUUUAAAAAUAUUUUAAAAGGAAGUAUAUUUUUAAUAAAUUAAUGCAAACAAACUGUUAAACAUGAAAUACAGCGUUUUGUUUUUUCGAUAACCGAACAUUUCAGACUUCAGUGUGUCGAUUAAUAAUGAGCCGGUUAAGUAACACUGAAGCCCGCAAACGUGUAGUUACUAUUUGUCAGGAUUCGUUUUACAAAGACCUUGAUUCAGAAAGCGAUAGAAAAAAAGCUAUCAAAGGUGAAUAUAACUUCGAUCAUCCAAACGCUUUUGACAACCAACUGAUGCUCCAAGUUUUAAAGGAUAUCCGAGCUGGGCAACCGGUUAAAAUACCCAAAUACGAUUUCUGCACCAAUUCUAGGUAAUAAUCUUUUAAAGCUUUUAAGACAAUCUUGUAAAUUUGAUAUAGGCCGAUUUUAAAUCUGGUAAUUAAUAUAUAUUUGGUCUAAGCCCAAACGGUCAAUUCUAAGCUUUAACGGCCUAAGCCUAUUAAAUCGGCCGGAGUGAGAAGUUUUGAAAUUUAAACGAUUAUUAUUUUGAGGGUGAAAGAUGACUUUUACUUGAUCGAGUCGGCUGAUGUUGUUAUUGUAGAAGGAAUACUAAUUUUUUACGAUUUGGAGCUCCGGAACAUGUUUAACGUAAAGCUUUUUGUGGAUGCGGAUCCAGACAUUCGAUUGGCUCGUCGAGUAGAAAGAGAUACAAUGGAAAGACAACGGAAUCUUAAUCAGGUGAUCCAUCAGUAUUUGGGUUUGGUGAAGCCAGCUUUUGAAGAGUUUUGUUUGCCUACAAAGAAGUACGCCGACGUUAUAAUUCCACGUGGAGCUGAUAAUGAGGUGGCCAUUGAUUUGAUUGUAAAACAUAUUGAGGAUAUCUUACGGACGCCGAGAAGUUCUCCAGUGCCUCAGGAAGAUGAAUUACCUCCAGUAUAUGUGGCUUCAGGAGAUGGUAGGAUACAACAAAUAUCGAGGCCUCAUUAG